AUGUUCCAGCCGGACGCUUUCCAAAGAUCGCGGGGCCAGCCCCCCGGGCGGAGAUACUUCGGCGGCGGGAACAAUUUCGGCCGGGACCUCCGCGACGACGAAGAUCGAGACGCCUGGGGUGGCGGCAUUAGCCGGGGGUGGGCCAGAUCCAAUCCCAGGGAUGAGUACGAUUAUCGCGGGGGUGGCGAUUAUCGCGGCGGAUACCGCGGAGGGCGCGGGGGAUACGGCGGCGGGUAUCGGAGACGGGGAUAUGGGCGGGACAGGGGUCAUGAUGAUGAUGAUGAUGAUGAUGACGAUGGGUGGGGGGACGGAGGGUGGCGGUACUCGAGGCAGAAGCGGCGGAACGACUACUGGCGGGACGACGGGGAAGAGUUUUGGGACCGCGGGGGCUACAGGGGUAGAGGGAGAGGCUAUGCUAGGAAUUACUACCAACACGAUGACAGGGACAACUGCAGAGGCAGGGGUGGAGCCUAUCAGCGUGGUAGGCCACGCAAUUACGAUGGUCCACGGCGCAGAUGGCAAAAGACUGCCACUUCCAGAGUUCCAGCCGGUGCUGCUAAGGAUGUGUGCCUGCUGACCACUCUUCCAGGCCAUGCCAAGGCAGUGACGGCAGUUGCUUUCGACGAGGGCAGCGGAAGGCUCUUCACUGCUUCCAAAGAUGGGACCGUAAGGCUCUGGAGUGCUGACAGUGGAGAGUGUCAGAGCACUGUGAAGAUUGGCGGAGAGGUUGAUGUCCUGCUCCUUGCAAGCAGGUUUCUGUUCAUAGGGAUGCAUGGCCCAGACAGCUCGAAGGGCGGGGAUGUGGGCUCGGUCCGUGUUUUCAACCUGGCCUCCAACUCUGAACAGUCGAUCGUGGCCCACGAAGGUCCUGUGCUGUGUCUGCACGGCGUCGACGAGUUCCUGUUCAGUGGUGGCCAGGACUGCGACAUCAAAGCCUUCAAGUACAACACGCAGACAUUGCUUUUCGAAUCUGUGGGCGUUUUGUCAAGGGCACAAAAUGGCCACUCUGCGCCUGUUACAGCCAUGACAUCGAUUCCACCCACUUACCUUUUCUCAGGAGACAGGCAGGGCAAUAUCAAGGUGUGGAGCCUGGAUGUUGGCAGCUGCUCACAGACGCUGGAGAGGGCGCACUGCAAGGCGAUCAUGAGCAUGAUCGUGUGGCAGGGCGUGCUGAUCAGCGGUGCAUUGGAUGGGGCCAUCAAGGUCUGGACGCAGAGGAAGGCCAGUAACACCGGGCUUGUCCUGGAUACUGCUCCCAACUAUGAGCACCAAAGACAGGGCGCCUUCGGUGGAGAGGCGCCAGGCGUGCUGUCUAUGUGUGGUACACCGGACGGAAAGAAAAAAGCAGUGCUCAUGGUGGGCCGAACGAACGGCCUUGUCGCCCUGUACGACCUGCCAGAGUUCAGAGAGCGAGGGAUCUUGCCUGAGAUUCACCAACCACGCGCGCUCGGAACAGGUCCGAGCGGCCUCAUGUUCACGGGAGACAAGGGCGGCCGGGGUGUGAAGAUCUGGCAGUGGGAUGGGGACUGGGAUGACGAGCCACAAGACGGGAAUGGGCAGACUGGAAUGGCCGACGCCCCGAUUGUGCUUUGA